CUGCUUAAUAACCAACAGGAGGCGUCUUGCCUACAAAAUACCAGAACAGAACAUGAGUGCAUUCAGUCCAUCCACAGGCACUGACUGCACAGAUAAUAACACUUCUAAAGGACAUGCUGCUGCUGCUGAAUAGGUUUUCUGCAUGGCUCUCUGCGUUCGCUGUGCUUUUGCUGACUCAGCCCAUCUCUACAUCAGAGGUCAUGGCCUGCGGAGCUGCGGUGGAUCCACCUGCUAAUAUCGAAAUAACAGACCCUGGCUUUCUGGGUUACCUCAAUAUUCAGUGGACUCGUCCAGCCAGCCUUCAGAACCUCACGGGCUGCACAGUGCGAUACCAGCUCCGAUACUACGACACCUAUGAGGAGCGAUGGAGGAGUGUUCGAACUGUCAAAUUGACCUACGCUGCCCAGUUUGACCUUGAGAAACCAGUCAAAUUGAGAAUCCUUACUGUACUGAAGUGCGCCUGUACCAACGGGACAGAGAUCCAGGGAGAAGAGACGGAGACCGUGUACACCCCUGAACCUACAGGUUUGGCAGGCUCAAGAAUAAGAGACUUUCACUGUAUCUACUAUGGGAAGGAGCACAUGGAGUGCACCUGGAAGUCAGGACCUGUCCAGCCUCCAAAUUCAGAGCACUACCUCUAUUACUGGCACAGGGAAAUGGAAGAAGCAAAGGAAUGUCCAGAAUACUUUGUACCAUCAAACAAUCAGAGAGGAUGCAGGUUUCCUCGCCAAUCACUCUUGGAGUUUUCCAAGUUUAAUAUGUGUGUUAACGGAUCUUCUUCAGCAGGGAGUCUGAGACCAGCCUAUUUCUCCAUUGAGAUCCAAAACUAUGUAAAGCCGGCAGUGGUCUCUUCUCUGCACGUGUUUGAGACUGACGGACGGUUGAAGUUAGAUUGGGCGCCACCUAUCGGUCAGGUGCCAGAGCACUGCUUGGAUUAUGAAGUGGAGAGCAGCACUCUAAUGGCAAAUGGCAAAGAACAGAAGCAAACGGAGAUUCUAGAGAAUUUGGAUCUGGACACAUCUUAUGAGCUCCCGAGAGAAGCAGAAAGUAAGAAAACCUGCUUUCAUCUCAGAUCGAAAGUCAAUAUGUACUGCGCUGAUGGCGGAUUCUGGAGUGACUGGAGCCAAACAAAAUGUACAGAAGAGAAAGAAACUGAAGCCAAACCAACAUUGAAUUAUCGUUUACUGGACCUGGUGAUGAUUGGCACUGCUGGAGUCAUCAUCUUCUGUCUUUCCUUAUGGAUAUUAAUAAGGAUCUGCAUAAAGCCGUGCAGCAAGAAGGAUGUCAUCUACACGCUGUACAAGCAGAAGGUCAACGAGACCAUGCCUUCAAUCUUCAGCCCCAUUUUUAAGUGAUGAUGCUUCCUAUGACCUGCUAAUGCUGCAUUACCAUUCAUACCUAAUACUACAUCACUAAAUGCACACUACUCAGAGAAAUAAACACGAGGAGUGAGACUUCAGAGCCCUCGCACAGUUUACCUGGUAGUGGAUUCAAAGUGAACACUGAGAGGCUUGUGGAGCAGAUUUGUGGAAAACCAAAAGAACCACAGCACUGACCUGAAUGUAGAAACCACUUUGUUGUUUACCAAGCCACUCUACUACUAGCUGAUGUGUUUACACGAAUGUUAUGUGCCUGUUAAAGUUACUCAUAUAUACAUAUUUUAUAUUUUAUUUCAAAUGCCAGUGGUCUUGCCAGUUUUGCCCAGUUUUCAAUAGUAUCUAUUCAGUCUUGAAUGUUUGUUCUUAAAAUAAAUGCCCAUGAUCUUGCCAGACAUGACGUACUGUACAGUUUCAGUUUUGUCUUUUACACUUUACCUAUUUUUUUCUUUCAAUUUCUUGAAUGUAUGCAGUUUUUAAAGUAAAUGUAUUAAAAUUAAUCAUAGAUGUUUCAGAUGCCAAUGACAUUGCCAAUUUUUGAUCGUUUUUACAUCUUUUUCUUUUAGCCAGAUUUUGUUGAAUUUGUGUUUAUUUUUUACAGUAAAUCAUAUACUGUAUUCGUAAGAUGCCAGUAAACUUGCCAUUUUUGUGUACUUUUACAAUUUGCGUAUUUUCUAUUAAUAUAAAAUAUUCUUGAAUAAA